ACGUAAGCGCCAGUUCCGUGCCGAGAGAACAAUGGGGCGGCUCUGUGCUCGGACAGCGGCAUAACCCUCGCGCGGCGGGUGCACAGCUGCCAGCCGAAAGACAGCGGCGUCGGCGAGGCCCGGAAGUCGGCCGCCGUUCCGCCGAGAGAGACGGCCAAACUUCCUCUGCCGUACGUCUUCACGACCAAGUUCUUAAGCAUCUGCUCCCUCCCGCGUCCAGAGAAGAAGCAAUGCUGCCGUAUGGUCAGUCCAAAUCGCCCUAUGCCCUCUCUUCUCUCAUCCACCCGCCCGACAGCUCCCAGCAACCCGAGCUGCCGAACAACCUACCCGCAGUCCGCAGCCUGUCUGCCGCGGUGUCGGCCCAGCAACGGGCUGUAGAACAGCCCGCCGCUGCUGUCGCCGACGAGCACAAGCGCUCCCGCGCCUGCGACAACUGUCGAGCGCUCAAGGUCCGCUGCGUGCCUCACGACGAGUCUGACGCCUCUGGAGCCUGUCAUCGCUGUUUCAAGUCGGCGCGGAAAUGCGUCUUCACCGUGAACCCGCGCAAGCGACAGAAGCGCACCGAUACCCGGGUCGCUGAUCUUGAGAAGAAGCUCGACGAGCUGACGCAACGGCUCAGUGCUGCUCGCGAGGAAGGGGAGUCUGUUGGAUCGCCUGAUUCAGCCGACGGAUCCAGUCGCGCUACCGGAGCAGGUAGUCUUAUCGCCUCCUCUGCCCACGCUUCCGAACCAAUAUCCCGUUUAUCGCCUUCGACUCCUCAGCCUGGAUCCCGACUGUACUAUCAUCCAUCCAAUGGGUCUACUUCGACUUCGCCUCCUGCGCCUGACCCUGUGGCGCAACCCCAAUCGCGUGCAAAGUCCGAUGAGUACCGCAGCAUGUCCAGCCUGGCUGAGCUCGCAGCCUUGAAGUCGCAUGGUGCCUCGGCCUUCCAAAACUCGUUUCACGCUUUUUUCGGACGUCCUGCUCCUGAGGCGUCGAACCUGCCAGUCGUCGAUCCGGCACAUAUCAGGAACAUUUUGACGAAAUACGGUCUCUGCGAUGGGUACGCGCAAGGUGUGCUUGAGUACUUUGUCAAAACAGUGUUGCCUUGUGGCAGCCUGGUGUACUUCGAUCCCGAUACCAAAUUCGAAGAUUUGAUCCAGACGAAGCCAUUGGUGACGCUCUCGAUUUGUAGCAUCGGCUCAACCAAGAACGGCGCAAAAGGGAGAAACGAGAUCGCGUCUAGUCUUAUGUCGGAGCUAUACAAAAUUGUCUCCGAGCAGGUUCUGAUCGUCGGAACUAAAUCGGUCGAUCUUAUUCAGGCGCUACUGAUUUUGACAUUCUGGUACAGUCCACCGGAGCUGUUUGAAGCCCGAAAAAUUCAUGUCUUCACUGCAUGUGCCGUCGCGAUCUCCAGUGAUAUGGGUAUAGGUCAGCCUUCUCGUCAUCGAAGAAAACUUUUUGAAAAACCCUACGAUCAAAAAUCUCCUGAUCCAAAGAUGGAGUUGACCUCUCUCGAGCACCGUCGCUUAUGGAUCGCUGUAUAUCUCUCAGCGAGUUGCUACAGCAUGCUGUUUCGGCAAAUGACACUUCUGCAGUGGUCUCCUUACCUACAAGAGUGCUGUGAUGUCUUGGAAAAUCAAACUGAAGGAAGAACAUAUUUCGAUCAAGUACUUUGCAGCCUUGCCCGGCUGCAUUCCAUAGCGGACGAGAUCAAUUUGAUGUUUCAUCCGGCUGAUUUCGCAGAGUCAGUGGAUAUAAAUGAUCGGAGAACGACAAAUCUAAUGCGAAUGUUUGAGAGACAUCUUGCAGCUUGGAAAGCGAAAUCUCCCGACGACCCUUUCCUCUUGAUUUCAUACUACAGCACACAGAUCUUCAUGCACGAAAUUGGCCUCCACAACAAAACCAACCGGUCCGAUUUCGUGAUUCCCUUCACAGAAACCUCGCUCAAUCCCGACGCCCCGAUUGUGACGCCUCUUCAUGUGGAGUCGAUUUCGUGGUGCAUUUCCUCAUGCCAAUCUCUCAUCGACAUAUUCUGCACCUGUGACUUGACGCGAUUGUCGUAUGCCCCGGUGCAUAUCAUCGGACGAGUGAUUUACGCAUGCACGAUUCUCCUAAAAAUCUCAAUCAUGAUUUUGCGCGUUGACCGGAUGUCUUCAGUCUGCUCGAUCAGCAUGGUGCGCCCGGAAUAUUACCUCGGACGGGUGUAUCAGCAGAUCUCCCUUCUUUGCUCCGACGGGCCUUUCUCUCUCGUCGCACUAAAGUUCAAGUACGUGCUUGGUCAUUUGUACAUGUGGUUCCACCGCGUGAACCGCGGGGCGUGGAGAAAGAGCAGCCAGGGUGGUAACCCGGAGAACAGCCGUUCGAAGCCCUCGCACCGAGCUCCGAAAGCCACGACUUCUCAGACCCGCAAUGAUACAGAUAAGCCUGAAUUAUUCAGCGGAAUGACGGAGUAUGAUGCUGCGAGCUCGAAUCCGGCCUUUGACGAGAAUCAUGUGUCGACGCUAGACAUGCUGAGCUCUGUUGCCGUACGGGAGGCGGGACAGAAUCAAAACUCGUCAGAAUCUCCACAUACCACCACAGCUCCUUCCAACCAGCCCCCGGCCCGGGCCCGGGCCCCAGUCAAUGCGCCUCUAGCUGAUAAGACAAACACGCCCUCCUCCUAUACGCCAGAGGAAGAAAUUCGAAUGGCAGACUCAGGAUUGACCAUAUACGAACACAUCUUUCAAGAAUUCAUGGGCGGCGCUUCGGACGACACAGGACUUAAGCCCGAAGACUACAAUCCCACGCUGCCAAACUAUGCAGCAGGCGACCCCAACCGGCAAAAUAGCACACAAUUGCCGCCGGAGGCGUAUUUCGGGAAACAGGAUAUGGCGGACUUGAACGCGUACGACUAUCUAUCAGCCGAUACGGGAGCGUUCUCGAUGAGCCAUUUUAUGGACGAUUAUUUCUGGAAAGACUUGUAUUUCAUCAACAACGGACAGGCGCCGGACCCUGUUGUGAGUUCUGCACCUGAAACUUGAAUGGGUUUAUCCCACUUGCGUUUAUCAUACAUCAUGUUCGUUUGCUCUUUUGUUCUAUGGUUAUUGGCUCUUGGGUUUCAUAGACUGGCUGUCGCCGUCACACAUCGUUCGAUUUUAUGUACCAUGGAUAUAUACAUUGUGAUUUUUGUUUGCUCUCAUAGAUAUUUUCUCUGCUAUGUUAUGGAUUAUAUGCAGCAUUACAUGAUUUGCAAUGAAUACGAUUUAAAAUAUAUAGUUAUAAUGACUUAGCGCUAAAUACAACCG